AAGUCCUGGAAUUGGAAAUAAGGCUCUUAAUUGUACUUGCAAAUGAGGCAUAAAGUUUGCCUCCUAUGGUUUGCCUCCUAUGGUCCCUUUCCUUUUCCCUUCUUUUAAGAGGUCGCGUGCAUUUUGAUGACAGUUGCAAUUUUGAACAUCAGAAACGGGUUCCAAAGACCAAAGCUGUGGCUUUUGAGGUAAAAAACUUGUAGAGAAAUGGAUGGAGGAGGGAAAGGGGAGAAGAAGAAGGUGAUGGUGGUCAUAGAUGAGAGUGAUUCCAGUUACUAUGCCCUCAUGUGGGUGCUCAACAAUCUCAAGGAAUCGAUCAGGAGUUCUUCUCUAGUUCUUUUCGCCACGCAGCCACCUCCGCGCCGUGGUUUUGCAUUCGCAGCUCCGUUUGGUUUGGCUCGCCUAUAUUUUCAAGGCGUAGCAGAGCCGGAGGUUUUUAAGCCGGCACAAGAACAAAGUAAGAAGAUUCGCUUGGGAAUCUUGAAGAAGGCCGAAGGCAUCUGUGCGAGUCGAGGGGUGAAAGUGGAGACACUCACGGAGGCUGGAGAUCCUAAAGUUACCAUAUGCAAUGCAGCACACAAGAACAACGUCGAUCUUCUUGUCCUGGGGCAUGAAUCUCAUGGAAUCCUCAAGAGGGCUUUCUUGGGGAGUCUGAGCGAUCACUGCUUGAAUAAUGUGAAGUGCCCGGUACUUGUGGUGAAGGGACCAGAAUAAGCGUUGCAAAACUGCUUAUAUCGGUUUAUGUCAGCUAUAUGACCACCGAAGUGAAUGUACUAAAUUCCUCACUGUGUACGAGUUGGCAGAUUAUCUCAUCUGAGCUAAAUCCGUUAGGUCUGUAAAUUCAUAUUCAGAGCUGUCUAUAACUAAUCACUGUUCACAAGAAUCCAGGUGCGAUUACCUCAGUUGCUGUCACCAUGGUCUGUUGCUCCGUCUAUUUUAUUAGUAAAAAAGAAAUGUUUUCACUUACAAUUUUUUUUGGCCUUUUCAACAGACAUUGCUCCGAUAAAGAAUGUUCUCAACAUUGA